AUGGAAAAAAGAUUAAGAGAUAUAAUCGAAAUAGGAGAGACUCAGUUUGGCUUUAUGUCUGGAAGAUCAACAACUGAUGCAAUCUAUGAAAUUAGACAAAUGAGUGAAAAAUACAGGGAAAAGAACAAAAAGCUACACAUGGCCCCUCUCGAUCUAGAAAAGGCCUUCAAUAGAAUCCUAAGAAAACUUAUCUGGUGGGCGCUAUGCCAGAAAAAGGUUCCCGAAAAAUAUAUAAUAAUAAUAGAGGAUAUGUAUAUGGGACAUAUAACAAUGGUUCGUAGCACAACAUUUACUUCAGCAGGCUUCACAAUAACCGAGGGAGUUUAUCAAGGGUCGGCUCUCAGACCACAUCUCUUCAAUACAGUACAAACAGUCCCCUGGAAUAUGAUAUUUGCAGAUGAUAUUGUGAUAAUUGCCGAAUCCAAGGAUGAAAUGAAAGAAAGAUUAGUGAGUUGA